UCAGUCGUUUCGUCGUCGCCAGUGGCAUUUUGUGCUUGCUGCCGCACGCAAUGUGAUUUUCUGUGGGCACAGGCCGCGCUUCUUGUUAUUGUUGUUGUUGCUUGCUAACUGUUUACCUUUUAGCAAGUGUAGUGCUUUUGUUUUUCUGUUUGUUUUUUCGUGAUUUGUUUUGGUUUUGGUGUUGCUUUUUGGCAACUGUCGUUGCUCUGGUCAUGUCCGUUAAUCAUGACUACGAUCGCAAGUAUUUGCGCAGCAUUCGCGGAAUCUCCAAGAUUGUCUGCCUGCUGUGCGCCUUCAUUGGUUUCCUCUGCAUCGUGUGCAGCUCGGUGCGGCUGAGCAAUUAUCGCGGCUGCUUCUACAUAAUCGUCGUUCUCCUUGGCUUCGCUGUGACGCUGACGCUGCUGCUCUGCCGCUACCUGCGGCUCGGUCAGAGCUGGCGAUGGAGCUCGGCGUCAUGGUCGCUGGGCGUGCACGCGACCCUGGCCAUCGCCCAUUUCCUUGCCUCUAACUUCGUGCUCGGCCUGAGCGUCAAUGCUUAUACAGCCGCCGCGUUCUUUGGUCUUACGAUAUUUAGCAUCAAUGGCCUGGAGGCCUACAGCUAUUAUAAACGCACUUGCCAGCGCGAUGUGGCUACCCAAACGGUCUAGACGCUGCCCCACUCUACCCCUCCGAUCAAGAGGCUGUGUGGACGCGCUGAACUAGGCGCUAUUUGUAUUAUCUUAAGCUAGUGUCAAUUGAAUGUGUCUAUGUGUGCAAGUAUGUGUGUGUGUGUAUCUCUGUAUCUGUGUAUGUGUGAGUGUCUAGUGGAAUAAAGUCUUAAGUAAGCUAGUUAUGCUAAAAGUCA